AUGGAUGACUUUUCCGAUGAUGGCUUUGACGACUUGCCGGAUAAUGCUCUUCAGGAACUAGAAAACACUGCCAUUCAGUUCACUCAGGCCCAGACACAGAUCCAACAGCCUAGUCAGCCGAGGGAAGUGUUUGACUUAGACUUUGAGGAUGAUGACCUUGACGACACCGUAGUUUUUGACGAACUUGCUCAACACCCUGCUAAACCGCCUCAACUACCACAAGGUCGCGUUGCCCCAGCUGUUACCCAGCCUCGGCAACAAUGGAGUGCGACUCCCGUGGCGCAUUCCCAUAGUGCUCUUUCGAACCGACCCAGGUAUCCGAAUUCCUCACAAACUGGUGCAGCACCUUACGGUCAACAGGGCCCUCCUAGCAGCGCCCGACCUGCUUCAACCUUUCAACGACCUCCUUCCCGCGUUGUUCCCCCUCCACGUCCCGCACAUCCAACUACUGGCCGACAUCAACAACAUGCCGGAUUUACAGGCCAGCAAAGUCAGUUCACGGCGCCCCAACCGACUGGUGGAGCUCCAAAUGAGAUUAUCGCUGCGCUCCAAGCUCGUGUGAACGCCCUGCAGAAGGACCUUACAACUACCAAGGGAGAGUCGGCGCUGCUGCGAAGCAAACUGCAGGAUGCCCAGGCUGCGCAUGAGGCCGAUCUGCAGCGGCUGCGGAAGGCGAACGCAGAACAACUCGCCAAGCAAGAGCGUAUAGCCGAACAGGCUUUGGCGGCGGAGAAGACGGCAGCAACCGAGCUUCAAUUUGACCAGCAGGACUUGAAAGACGGGAGCAGGCAUAGAAAAGGGAAGAAGCCAGAUAAAGAAAAGGACGGCAACCACGAUGUUGGCUCAACAACCCCGAAAAAGGGUGCUGGUGCCCGCACAAACUGGGGCAUGGCAGAUGGUUUUGACGAUAUGGAGCUUGUGCCCAGCCCAAGCAAGGGGGCAACCCGUCGAUCCAGAGACCCUGUCGCCAUUCAGCCGCCAAUACUAUCGCAGGUUGAGAGGACGCCAACCAAAGGCAAGCGGAAAAGACCGGCAGUGGACAGCCCAUUGUUGGAAUUGGAGACGGAUGAUGUUGUCAUGUUGGAUGGGCAGCCAUCCGUUAAAGGCCGAGCUGCUGCUCCUCUCAACUUCCGGCCCGCAGCGCUUCCGUUUGAUUUCUUAACACUUGUACUGGAUCACGGCGCUGUCCACGGCCAGCCCUUGACAUUUGAUCUGUUUGCGCGGUACUCAUUCCCAUCCGACCAGUCUCAGACGUUUGCAUCUCUGAUUUUCUCAAAGCUUCCAUUGCUGGGAAAUCCGCUCGAACCUGUUCGUCUUCUCAUUGACUUUGCCCAUUUGCUCAUAGAGCUAUGGUCUCAAUGCUUGCACGAAAAGUACUAUGAGCCUAUAUAUGACCUCGUGGCGCUUCUUUCGUUCACAUUACAGCUACAGACAACGUCUGUUGCGCCCCAUAUAAUAUCCUACCUCUUGCCUAUUGCACAAGCAACCAUACACUUACUUGCAAUCCCCCUCUUCGAGAGCCUGGAUGGAGAUAUAUCUAAUAGCCAGGAUCCUGCCAUCGAACGAUUGCUUGUAAACAUCGAUACCACUAGCGUCCUCGGCGUAAUGUACCUGGCAGCCCUGGGAUGCCUAACUCCUUCGCCGAAAGACUCAAUAAACCGUCAGUCGUUGUCUGAAAGCCCCAACCCGUCUUUUAUACAGCAAUACUGGAGCACGAUCCAGCCCGAGUUUGUUCUCACGAUGCUGUCUCCCAAACAAAAGCCUGAAGAUCUCCUUGGCAUGCUCGUUCUACUCCGUACAUCAUCAUUCUCGGCUUCCGUAGGCCCGCUCACUGACGAGCCAAGCAAGAACGUCGACGUCGUGGCGCCAGUGCUCAUUGACCGCAUCAGCUACUUUCUAGCCGAACCCCCUACCAGAUGGGCACCAGCACGCAGUCGGCGGCAGUGCGAGGCUCGGCUGGCUGCACUGGAAACCCUUGUCAGUUUCUCGCGCAGCCCAUUUGGGCUUGCCAAGCUGGUUCAGAGCAACAAUGCCAUCCCAAGGGUCGUUGCCGCGCUGAGCGGGGCCAUUGACCAGCUGUACGACAUGGACAUCCCAAGUGCUAUCCCAAAUAUAGGGGAGAUAGACGUAUACAAGGACAAGAAGCCAUCGCAGGCUGAUCCGGACGCGACUCAAGAUCAAGGACCUCCACCGUCUGCACCAGUCACACCUGCGUUAUCGGACACAAAGCAAGAGAACGAGAACACAGCCGAUCUCAAACCCCCGGCUGCUCUGCUGCAUGCGCUCAUUGCAUUGUCCGUUUCACUGCUUCACAAGCUUGUAAUGAUGGCAGCGACGGUGGACGAGAAUGUGGCAUCCAAGCUAGCGGCGUCACACGGUGGGGCUCAGCGGUACUUGCUUACUCUGGCGCGGCUCAACUUUGCAGAGGAGGACCUCGUGCUCGAGGCUGGAAUCAGCGCCGAGACGGCGGAGCUGGCAAACGAGCUAUUGGAGCUUGCCGUGACGCCGGAUGAGGGUGAGGGUGUGAGGGAUGUUUUCGAGUUCGGUGACAGUUAA